AUGUCCCUAAGCAACACCAGCGUCGGUGUUGCACGCUCGUCAACCCACUUUCUGAGCUCGACCGCUUCUUCCCUCGCUCGAGUCACUAUACCCAGCAAUGCCACUCCUCGCUCUCAGAUAUCUUCAACCCGGUCGAUUAAAGCCCCUGCGUUGACAUCGGUGACGCCGUCACAGUCGUCACUGACGCCGAUAUGGUUCAAUUCGACGAAUCCACUCUUCGACCAGCCGAUGCAAGGUAGCAGUAGCUCGGCACAGCCCGACAGCGAACGCAAGGUGAAGCUUGGAAAGACUCUCCGCAUAAUCCAAGAGCGUCUCCCAACGCUCCUACAAUCGCCCUUACCGCAAGAGAUCCUAUCCCCCAACAUCUCGCUCCACCUCUUCCCCUCCACACACCCGUACCUGCCCACCGUCUCAGGCAGAGUAGCAUACAUCGCGGCGCUCUGGACCUCUCCAAUCGCAUGGAACCGCGUGCCCAUCGUCGGCAACGUGCGCCUCGAGAUAUUAUCCGAGCGCAUGGUCAGCCAGCCAAUGCACUUCUCGCCGCGGCGGCCGGGGGCCUACGGCGAGCAACUCGUGGUGAAAUGGCGCACAGCCUCAUCUUCCUCCAACACCGACAGCAGCGACCCCAAGCCGAGCCUGACGGAGCAGGGCGAGCAACGGCUCGACGCACAUCUGCGCGGGUCCCAGACCGCCAGCGAGAAGAAGGCCUUCACGGGGCUUUUCGUCUUCGAGUUCGACAAGGACGGGCGCAUCAUCAGCCACACGAUCGAGCACGUCGACGAGCACGGCGAGUGGGAGAAGGGCGUGGGCGCCCGCGUCGUCGGGCUGACGGACUGGUUGCUCGGCGGCAUCAAGGGCCGCGGGGACAGCGGGGGCGGGCUCCCCGCGCUAUGCGAAAUCGCUAGCGACAGGCAUUCCGGAAAGGGGUCAUGA